AUGGGAAGACUUUCGGCAUUGUUUUCCCGAAAAAAGUUAACCACCGCCGAAACGCGCUUACUCGUGGAUCAGCUUAAAAUAUCCUGCGGAAUCUUUCUGGAUCCCACCAUCCGUUCGCCCAACAUCCAAGAAACGCGAGCAUUAAAGAUCCUGCAAAAAAUCGUUACCAGAUCCCGGCGGCCCAUCAUACAGUACAUACCGGACCGAGAUGCUAUCAUCGAGUGUUCGCUCAUACUGGUGCAGAACUAUGUGGCACAUCUACGGCUGCGGCCCAGCCCAUUGAAGCGAUGCCAGCGAGAGCCGUUUGCGAACGCGAAGGUGCUUUUUCAGUCCGCCAUCGAUCUGCUCGUACCGGAGAUGCUUAGCGAGCUGAUCGACACGAUCCUGAAGUUCCUACAGACAGAAAACCUCUGGCACGUGGAAUUUAUUUGCGUGGAGAUAUUGUUGUUUGUGCUCGAGUGUCAAGCACCUUCCGCUCCAAUGCUAUCGAAACUGAUCGAUCGUGUGGAACGGUUUCUGCAGCUCUCCGACAUUGGUCAGGUACGGCACGUUCUUUCCGUACUGCAGAACGUAAUCGUAUCGCAGCGUUGGGAGUUGAUCGAGUAUUCUGAGCUAUCGAAGUUGCUGCGCUUUUACCAUACCAGCGUGAUGAUCGGAACGAGUCGCAAUCAAAUUUACGAACUUCGGCGUGGAUUCGAAAAGUGUCUUAAGGAUCUCGUCCCACUACUCUCCGUAGCCGAUCGGUAUGGAUUCUUCGUCAUGAUGCUGCCGCUCGUGUUCGACACUGACAUGUCAGACGAGGCACGAAUCGAGUUCGGGUCCACGGUAGAGUAUGCCGCUUCCUACAUGAUACUUUACGAUCCACGAAAUCAAAAGCUAACCUCCGACGUGAGCUCUUUCAUAGUGGAGUAUCUGCUACAGUGCAUCGAAUCCGAAGAUCCUACCAGGAGUAUAUUGGCCUGCAAGGUACUAACAAAAUUGCUCGACCGUGGUCAUCACAACACGGACCAAUUUCAAUCACCCGCCGUUUUCCACAUGGACACGUACUACGAGAUUGAGCUGGCGACCGACUUUGCUCCCCUGCAACAGUUGCUCAUGGAACAGCGGGUGCAUCUGGAGCAUGUUCUGCUACAAGCCAUUGAGCUGCACAGCCAUCGCAAGAUGAACCUGGAGGUGUUCUAUCAACUGAUCUGCACGCUACUCGUCGAAGUUCCGGGUGGAUUUACCGCAUCCGCUAUCUGCUGUUUACUGCUACGGGUGCAGAAGAAGUUUCUUUACCAUUCGAUCAAUACCCAAGCUGAGGAGGUGUUCGAUCAGCCACAGCACACAAACCGUAUCCAUGCAACCAUAAUGGCCGUGAUGACACUGAUCAACUGGAUCCAUCGGGCGAGAUCGAUGAACGCGUACAUAACGUGCGUUCUGCACAAUCGGUUCGAUCAUGCCCCGAGUCUUAAUCCACCGCUGAGGGAACAGUAUCGUUAUGCACCGCACCAUAUCUCCUGGUACGACAGUAAGCUGUUCUUCGACACGCUCGAGAUUCGGUACAGUUUGUGGAAGUGUUUCCGUAUCUCGGAGGAGAAAAUUCCCAAACCGGUGAGGAUGCGUUCCAGAUCGUACGAUGAUCCUCGAAGGCAGCUGAAUGGUGGUGCGUUGAAUGUGUUUGCUGGCAUGUGA